AUGAAAUUAAAAGUAUAUCACACAUUGCUUGGAAACAAGGUUGUGACCUUGGAGAACGAUGGCUCCAUAGGUGAGCUAGAAUCUACUAUUCAAGCUGCCUUUGGUGGGAACGUCUCCCUUAAAUCCAUCAGAUUCGGUUACCCACCCCAAACUUUAGAGAUCGAGAGCAAUACGGCAGAUAUCAAGCUCGAUGACUUAGGCAUUAGUUCAGGAGAAAAAAUAACAAUUGAGACGGCCAAGAUUUUGGCCACAUCUCACCCUGUGGUUAAAUCCCCCAAGUUGAAAGAAAACGAAAUUUCCUUAGAUGAUAUAUGGCCAUCGUCAUACUUAAGGGUGCAUACGGUCCCAGAUGAUAAUUCAUGUCUCUUCCACGCGAUAUCAUAUUGUAUUUAUAGAGAUAUAUCUCUUUCACAACAGCUUCGGGAUAUUGUUGCUUCCGAGAUAAUAGAUAAUAAGGAAGAGUAUUCAGAUGCGAUACUUGGCCGCUCUAACAAAGAUUAUGCGGAGUGGAUAAGUCAAAGCACUUCUUGGGGAGGAGGUAUUGAGAUUGCAAUUCUGAGCAAAUAUAUGAGUAUGUCGGUGUUUGUACUGGAUGUUGACGCGGGCAGAUAUGAAAAGUUCAAUGAGGAGAAAUUUGACAAAUUCAUUAUGAUAGUUUUCAAUGGAGUUCAUUAUGAUGCUAUGGAGCUUUGUAGAGAUGAUACUCGUGAAAUCGAUACAGUAUUUGAUCAGCGAGAAGAAAAUAUUGAGCUUGUACUGCAGAGGGCACAGGAUGUGGCCUUAAGGCUGAAAAGUCUGGGUAUUCCUUUAACACUCAACGAGAUAAGAUUAAGUGCAAUGUAUGCUUGGAGACUUUAAUUGGUGAACGCGAAGUCGCCAGACAUGCCGAGAAGACAGGACAUGUUGACUUUGGCCAAAGUUCAU